AUGCCGGAGCAGGAACCGCGCCAACGUCGUCGCAAGGUGACGCUGGCCUGCGAACCCUGCAGGGAACGCAAGGCUCGUUGCGACGGAGUCAAGCCGCUCUGCUCGACGUGUCGCCGUCGGUCGCUGGGCAUUGAGCAAUGCGUCUACAAGGUGGGGAAUGCGCGGACAGCAUGUAGUGAUGACUACACAAAAGCUCUCCACGAGCGUAUUCGCCAUUUGGAGCAGGCUUGUGCGUUGCAUGGUAUAGACCCUGACGCUCUCCCCGAUGCACCCAAUGACCAGCCUGUCAAUACACAAAGUCAAGCUGAAUUGGACGCCAUCGUCAUGGGAACAUCGCAGGGUCAAACCCUGACUCCAUUGUCAUCAGCUGCAAAUGAGGGGAUGGAAACUUCCAACGACUCACGGCGAGUCACUGCUAUGGGAACAACUACAGUCGCAGAAGACAUUGGACAAUCCCAUGACACGACUCAAUCAUUCUAUGGUUCGUCUUCUGCUGCUUCAUUCUUGAAGGAGGCUUGCGGGACUGUGAAUCCUCCUUUGUCCUCUCAGACAUCCAGAAACCCCCAAGUCACAACCCCGGAGCCCCCAUCUCUUUAUAGCGGCAUUGAAACACUCGUUCUUCCACCACGAUCUCUAGCAGACCAUCUCAAAGAGAGAUACUUCAAACAGGUCUACUAUCUCUACCCUAUCUUUGACAAAGAGGCUUUUGAGCAUGCCUAUGAGUCACUGUGGUUACCGAGUGGACAAGCCACAAGCCCAGAGAAGUAUCGAGAUCUCGGGCUUGGAGGAGAUGCUACCACGAUUGCAUUCCAUUCGUCGCUCAACUCCAUAUUUGCCCUUGGAUGUAUCUUCUCGGACCUUUCAACUGCAGCCAAAACGACAGCUUACGAAGUCUUCUUCAACCGCUCUAAACAAAAUAUUGGUCUUGAUCUGCUCGAUAUGAACGACUUGAGCGCUGUGCAGACGCUACUAUUGGUAGCUCUGGUCUUACAGGGCACUCCCUUUCCGGAGCGAUGUUGGAAUGCGGUCGGUGUAGCAUGCCGGAUGGCCCAAGGCCUAGGGUUGCACACCAUGCCAAAGUAUGACGCCCAAGAAUCGCGGGUGUGGCGGAUUCGGCGCCGUACGUGGCACGGAUGUGUUGUGUUGGAUACCAUGACACUUGGACGGCCAACCAUGAUCACCAACCUCCCCGCACUUGCUGUACCGGCAAGUAUGGACUUCAAUACCCAGAACGCAGAGGGAAAUGAACAGAUAAAGCUUCAAUUUCAGCUUGAAACUGUGCGGUUGAGUAUCAUUCUGGAUAGUAUCCUGUCAAAAGUUUACCAGCCUUGGCAAUGUAGGCUUCUUCAUGAUGAGCAGAGUCUUGCGUCACAUGCAGAUACGGCUUGUCAGAGUAUGGAUACUUUCGUUGAGCUUCAGGGGCGACUGCAAGCUUUCGAGCUAUCUGUGGCAAGCCUUCUUUCGUGGAAGACAACAUUGACCACAGAUUCUGUCUCACCAGAGGUUGCCAGGAUUCUUGCCAUGCAAAGAAAUGUCCUGCAUGCACGCUUUACUUACAUUAGUCUCAUGCUCUACCGGCCCGUAUUGACACAACUGCUCUCCUCCGAUGUCUCGGAUGAUGUGGAUUAUGACUUACAGUCAUCUUUCAAGCGAGAUGGGGCACGAGCAUGCGUGAGGUCUGCGAUUAGACUCAUCAACGUUGUCCACGACACCUUUCGCACAGACGCAACUGAAGCGUGGUGGUGGAACGCUCUAUGUAGUCGCACAUUGUCCCUCUGUGUUUCUCAACUAACCAACGCUGUAGAUGCCUGUACCGCUAGCCUUGUGCUCAUGACAUGCCGCCUGUGUCCCUCGCUAUGGGUUACUCUAGAUCAGUCAAUAGUGGUCGAAUCGUGGGAGAAAUGCCACGCAGUUCUCGAGGCGAUCUCUCCGUUCAGCCUGUCUAUUCGAAAAUCGUUCGAUUUACUAUUAAAGAUAAACCAGACCAUCACAGCAAGACAACAAGGUCAGUGA